GUUGUGGCAAACAUGACAGAUACUGGACUUGGCCCCUUUAGAAAAACAGGCGGAUUAGGAACUGCUGGUAAAACCCUGUUCUACAAAACUGAUGGCACAGGAAGAGAUUCGUAUAUAAAGUCUAAUAAUGGAGGAAUGACUACGGUUUUCAGCCCUGUAAAGUGGCCUGAAGUGGGCUCAUUUUCUACAAAGAAACAAUACUCUAGUCCUUCCCCAGCAAAGCCUGUUCCUAUAGUUUACUAUAAGUCAGACGGCUCUGGGAGGGAUAGCUAUAUUACCGCAUCUUCGGGUGGGUUCCACCCAGAAGCAAUGGGUAAAAGAGUAGAUCAUCUCUUUUUAAGUACACUCAGAUCUUCUAGUCCGACUAAUCAAGAGUUCUUCAGAAGAGCCAGGGAUUCUAGAAAGGACAGAAGCGGGUCUUUCUCUCCUUCAAAGACUUCCUCUGACAGUAAGAUGUAUAAACACCAGAAGAUGAACACAAUGAGACUGUCUAAGCCAAAGCAUGUAAGAGAAAAGGUCAUCAAGACUGACGCGGGACUUACACAGAUGAAUACUUCUAGUAAUUUAUUUCAAUAG